AUGUACGCGGUCGCAUUGACUGCGCUCGUCGUACUGACAACGACCGAAGCCUUUCAGACACCUCGCUUUCACUCGCUCGACGUUACGAGUAAGCUAUUUUCCGCUCGAGUACAGGAUGCGAGUUCGGUGAUGCAAGAUGUACGGGCAGAGCUGGCCAAGAACGAAGACGCCAAUCUCAUGCUGCAAGCUUUGCGGGGACAAAACUUGAACGACGACGACUCCGCUGUCGCUGGACUCCAGAUGCGUCUGGUGGAUAUUGCACCCAAAGAAAACGAGGCUCUACCCUUUGACUACAACCCCCAGGCACUGAAAGAGUUCUUUUCGAAGCGACCUCUUGCUGUUGCUACUCGAAUUCUGCAGUUGCUGUCGGUAGGAGGAAUCUUCGCGUUCAACACCAUUUUUGAUCAGCUUCUGGGCCGUGUCAAGAACAAUCCGGAUUUGGAAGUUCAACGAGCGGCGGAACUUCGCGAUCUGAUUACUUCUCUGGGUCCCUUCUUUAUUAAGAUUGGGCAAGCGUUGAGUAUCAGACCUGAUGUGUUGAGCCCACGUUCAAUGGUCGAAUUGCAGAAGCUAUGCGACAAGGUCCCCUCGUUCGAUUCAACGAUAGCCUUUGCAACAAUAGAAGCAGAGUUGGGACGUCCGGUGGAAGACAUAUUUUCUGAGAUCACCCCUGAACCGGUGGCGGCCGCUAGUCUUGGACAGGUAUACAAAGCUGUUUUGCGGGAUACUGGCGAAACAGUGGCCGUGAAAGUCCAAAGGCCUUCGGUUUUGGAAACCGUUUCUCUGGAUUUGUAUCUUGCCCGCGAACUCGGUAUACUUGCUCGGAACAUUCCCGCACUGACAGAUAGGUUAGACGCUGUCGGUUUACUGGAUGAGUUCGCGUUUCGCUUCUAUCAAGAGCUAGACUACAAUCUAGAAUGUGAAAACGGUAUUCGUAUUGAGAAAGAAAUGCGUGUUUUGCCGAUGGUAGUGAUUCCCAGAAACUACCCGCAGUACACAGCGCGACGAGUUCACGUGGCGGAGUGGAUUGAGGGUGAAAAGCUUUCACAAAGCAAGGCCGACGAUGUCGGAGCUUUGGUCAACUUGGGUGUAAUUACCUACCUGACACAGCUUCUCGACUCGGGCUUCUUUCAUGCUGACCCUCAUCCUGCGAUUCUCGAUUUUGGGCUAAUGACUGAGGUCACAGACGAUCAAAAGUACGGGAUGGUAGAAGCUAUCGCUCAUCUUCUCAAUCGUGACUACACAGAAAUUGGACAAGAUUUCAUCAAUCUCGACUUUAUUCCCAAAGGGACCGAUACAACUCCUAUUGUCCCUGCAUUGACGAAAGUGUUUGAUGUUGCUCUGGCAGGUGGCGGGGCUAAGAGUAUCAACUUUCAAGAAUUGUCGGCCGAUUUGGCACAGAUUACAUUCGAUUACCCAUUCCGCAUUCCUCCAUACUUUGCAUUGGUCAUCCGGGCCAUUUCUGUUUUGGAAGGAAUUGCUUUAGUCGGAAACCCAAACUUUGCCAUUAUUGAUGAGGCCUACCCAUAUAUUGCUCGGCGCUUAAUGACUGAUCGAUCACCGCGUCUCCGUGCUGCUUUGCGCUACAUGAUAUAUGGUCGUGAAAAUGAGUUUGAUGCAGAAAAUGUUAUUGAUUUACUGCAGGCAGUAGAAAAAUUCUCUGCUGUAAGGAAUCAAGGUGAUGGAACAGCUUACAAGGUGGACGGUGUUCGAGGAUCGAAGGCGGUUGGUUCUGCUGGAGAUUUUCGUGGAUCACAGCAGGUGGAUACUAGCGACCGAAACACAAAUAUCGACGGCGGACGAUUUCGUAUAUCGUCGGAAAUGGGUGUGAAUGAUGUCGGCGAGCUGGCAACGGCUGACUCCCGAGAUCCACUCCAGGUGGUGGAAGCCAAAAAUGAUGAAAGAACGGUUCGGGAAGGCUUAAGAUUCUUCUUUAGUCCGGAAGGUGAGCCCUUCCGGGAAUUCAUGCUGGAAGAAGUUGUCACAGUGGUUGACGCAUCAGGACGUCAGGCCGUACAGGAAUUGUUUCGUCGCGUAGGUCUCGGAAACGUGCCGGUUCCUGCUUUUUUCCGCAGACUCAGUCCGGAGCUUACCGAUGCCGACCGUCGUAUAGUCCAACAGAUUGGCAAACUAGUACAGUUUCUUUUGGGGGACUUUGAAGGUACCGUGAACAAUUCUGACACGAGCGCCCGGGUCCUUACGGGAUUUUGGGACUUUGUUGGUAGCUCGGUUAACUGA